CGAAAUAAAUUAUGGCAGAAAUCUAAAUGUUUAGGAACCUUUGUACUUUUAUUUUUGCUGUAAAAGCGUGGACUAUAAUUAUUUAAAUUGCAUAAAUGCAGUUUAAUAUGGUAUCACGAACUAAUUUUCUGAAAAAUAAAAAAAAUGGACUAAUGCUUCAAUCUGCGCAAUUACAUUUCUUUGGAUAACUAUACCUUGGGUAGCAAACUGAACUACAUGAAUAUAGUUGUGUGUUUUUCAAACUACAUUUGUUUACAGUGAUGACAAUAAAGUGACUACGGAUUUUAACAAUAUUGUGAAUCAACAGUACGUUUAUCUCGUUUUAUCAGAUUAAGAUGACAGACAAGUACUAUCGUUUAGUGACCUUUUGGUUAACAUAUGUCCAGGUCCAUUGCGUAAAUUAUUCUUGAAGCUUGCCGCGGCAGAUCCAAAUCUACCAACACCGUACUCUACACUAGAUGCAUAUCUACUAUUUCGGAAUAAAGACAUCAUGAAACUCAAAUCAAAGAAAUUAUUAACGCAGGACCAGACAAAUAUGUUAAUUCCUCCUCAAGGUCAAGGUCAGACGAACAUCAAAAAGUGGGAUUUGACGUUAUUAUCACUUAUGUUAACGGAAAUGUUCAAACAACAACUUCAAUUGACAGAAGUAACAAAUAUAAAUGUUAUAAGACGUAUCCGAAACAAUUUGCAACAUAUCUCAGGUACAUGCCAAAUAACAGAAACGGAGUUUGUAAAUAUGUAUCAACAACUGCAGUCAAUCAUUGUCCAGCUUGCUCUGUCUGCGAAAGGUCAAGGUUAUGCAGACAAAAUUAAACAAGAUAUCGAGACUGCUGCAAACAGUGCCUUGGUAGAUCUAGGGGAUGUUCUAAGACAAUGGUAUAUGGCCGAAAUUAGCAAACUUAAAGACGAAAUAGAACAACUUAAAGAUAAGAUAGAUGAAAUCCAAGAAGAUACAACGGAAACGAGGAAGACUUUGAAGAAAACAACUGUGAAACGCACACGAUCUGGGGGUAAAAUCACUAAACGCUUCAAAACUGUGGAUCAUAUUCUUGAAAAUAUGAGAGGCAGUUUUUGGUCUCUCAUAAAAAAUGAAUUAGAAAGCGACUUCCAAAGCCCUCCAGAAGCUACAAGAAUUACCAGUGAACUUGAAGAACAUCACCUAGUGGUGGUUUCUGGGUAUGGAAAAGGCCUUUACCUACAGACAGCACUUUCUGUUAUCGACAGUCGUGACUAUGACGAAGAUAGAUGUGUGCUAGUUUCAACUCCUCCUGACUGGCGUCACAUUGGUGCUGAAGAUGCCGACCUAGUUGUAUUUCUCCAUCCCUUUGGAAAGAACCAAUUCGACGAUGACAAAGCUAAAUCCAUGAAUGCUGUCUUAGAUAGUAUCAAGUCAUCAGUGUCAGUAAAUGACGAAGACGAGUUAUUUGAUGUCAUCAUAAUAACAGACCAGUCCAUUUUAGACGAAUGUAAGAAACAUUUCAGCCAUGACUUGAUAGAAAACCCAAUCAUUGUGUACAAACCAACAACAGAAGACACUCCUGUUGAUCUUGUUGAAGGUGAAAGUGCAAUGUAUCAAGUCGGAACAGAUCCACAUUACAGAAACUUGUUGGUACAAUCUAUAGCAUAUUGCAAACAUCACAAAAUGCAACUGGUGGACAACAACCUUAAAGAGGACGCGUUAGUGCUCUUCCGGUCCAAGAAAGUUAUUGUGAUUUCCGGUCCACGUGGUAGUGGUAAAACAACGCUUGCCUUAUCACUUCUGUCGUCAUAUCAAGAAGGCCAUUAUCUCAUACUGACCGAACCGGGUGACUUAAGAUGCAUCCGAUUUGGUGUAACUUGUGUUGUUGUCAUCGAGGAUCUUGGAGGAAAGUACACGUCCGAAAUGGCUGUCGUUCAGAAAUGGCUGCGGAAGUUUGACAUGCUCUACUCGGCGGUGAAGGACGGCAAGUUGAAUAUUAUCAUCACGUGCGUUCCUGAUAAGCUGAGUGGUAUUGCAAAAAAAUCAAAGCAUCCGAUACUCGAGGCGGUCUUAACACUACCAAAAAGACGUGUAGUUAAAAUAAAACAAGAGCCAUCCUCAGAUGCGUAUGGAGAGAAAUGUGCAGAAAUUACAUUUUCAAAAAGGUAAAUAUAUUUUUGCAAUUGAAACAAGUGACUGAGUGUUGCAGUGGUAAAGCGAACGUCCCCUACCGGUGGAACACUUUGUUAGUGUUCGUCCCAUGUGGUUGUUGGUAAGAAUGUUAGUCAACUACACUAUAGUACUAUAGAAUCGUAUGCAGGGAAACCGGAGCUUUUGUGAAUGUGAAUGAGCCUAGCAAAACUGCACUAAAAGUGUACGGCUUUAAAAGUCCACCACUAAGUCAAGUAGGGACAUGAGACAGGGGAACAUUUCUGUGUGAUAAUGAAAAUCCUUCAAUGCAGUUAAAAGCUAUGGAGCAGAACGCUUUAUACUUGAUCUUCAAUGGCAACAUAGAUGAGUUCUACAGGCAAAACACGCAGCAAAUCAUCUGGUUAGUGGGAACAGGUGUGUGAAUGCAAGGCAUGUAGAAGCAAAGGAACAAAAACUAUUUUGACUUUAAUUUCAAAAGUGACCUUAACCUUUGACCCCAGGGGUCAUUUAUGCGAUGCAUUGUCUGGUAAGAAAAUCCUUCAAUACAUAUAAAAGUUAUUGAGUGGAAACAUAUUUUUACAUGACUUUAGACAGUGACCUUUAAUUGACAAGCCUAGAUCAUGUGUUAGCGCAUUGUCUCAUUAUGGA